AUUGCGCACGCGUAUUACGAAACAAAACACAUCCACACCUCGCCGUGGCAGCUUGUUUUGGUUUAUGGGACUUCUCACUAGAAGCUCAAGGGUCCUGACAAACGUGGUUAAGCGGUUUGUAAAAUCCAAGAGGCACCCAGGGAGUUUCCUUUAUUUGGAUUGUCAUCAGUUUUGCGCGUGAGGGCGCGGGGAGGAAUGGGAGCCGCGACGAGUACCGAUGGGGAGCGGGAACCACUUUUACAGCCGGCGCUUUCGGAGAGACUCGCGCGCCCCGUCCACAGCAGGGUGUACAGCAGAAGAUGGCUGGUCUUGGCUCUCUUCUCGUUUCUGGGCUUCAUGCAGGGCAUGGUAUGGAAUACGUGGGGCCCCAUCCAGAACUCCGCCAAGAGCGCCUACGGAUUCACCAACAUGGACGUCGCCUGGCUGGUCCUGUGGGGUCCCAUCGGAUACAUUCCCUGGCUCUUCUUCAUGUGGCUGAUGGACAAAAAGGGACUGCGGGUCACGAUGCUUCUGUCUGCCUUCUCUAUGGUCCUCGGGACGGGGCUGCGCAGUUUACCACUCGCUGACGUUGGAGUCAAGAAAUGGUGAGUAUCCAGAGGACAGCUUCUCAAUGGCUUGGCAGGACCAACGGUGAUGAGUGCACCUCCAUUGCUCUCUACGACUUGGUUUGCUCCAGAUCAGCGAGCCACUGCUACUGCCGUAGCCUGUCUUCUCAAUUACUUGGGAUCGGCUUGCUCAUUUCUUAUUGGGCCCCUGAUAGUGCCCGCUCCCAAUGGCACCACGUUGCUUAAUGGUUUUGUGGACAAAAAUGUUGACCAUAUAAGGGAUCGCAUCCAGAUUGUUCUUUAUGCAGAAUUUGGCUUUGUGUCCUUGCUGUUCGCUGCAGUGGUGGCUUAUUUCCCAUCUCGACCUCCAUUACCACCUAGCAUAGCAGCUGCCAGCCAGAGGCUCAGCUAUAGAAGCAGUAUAUGUCGACUCCUCAGCAACUUCCGUUUUCUUAUGAUCGCCUUGGCUUACUCGGUUCCACUUGGAAUGUGCGCAGGCUGGUCUGGGGUGCUGGAUAUGAUUUUAACACCUUUUCAUGUUAGCCAGGUGGAUGCUGGUUGGAUCGGCUUCUGGUCUAUUGUUGGGGGCUGUGUGGGAGGAAUAGCAAUGGCAAGGUUUGCCGAUUCCAUCCGAGGUGUCCUGAAGCUUAUUUUGCUUCUAAUGUUUGCUGGAGCCACUCUGGCAUCUGCAUGGUUUAGUCUCACCUGCCUGUCGAAUGUCACACACCUGCCUUUAACUACAGCCACGCUGUUCACGUCUUGUAUUUUAGUGGGCAUUUUCCUAAACAGCAGCGUGCCAAUAUUUUUUGAACUCUUCGUUGAAACAGUGUAUCCUGUACCCGAGGGCAUCACCUGUGGCGUUGUCACUUUUUUAAGCAACCUCUUCAUGGGCUUGUUGCUCUUCUUUUUAACAUUUUAUCACACAGAUUUGUCCUGGCUGAACUGGUGCCUGACGGGGUCCUGCAUCUUCGGCCUGCUCCUCAUCCUCCUCUUCAGGGAGUCCUACGACCGGCUGUAUCUCGACGUCUUCAUCUCCAUCUAGGGGCGCUCGGAUGGCACUUGAGGUGUGCGACUGGAGUCCUCUCGGCACGUCUUGCACAAUUCUGAGAGAAGAGGAGCCGAGUUGCUCGCUCGCCGCUCCUUUUCUUUUGAUACAAAUGUCUGUCGUCGUUUAGUUUUCAUGUCGUUGUCCUCCUGGUGGGCAGCCCUCUCUGUGUUUGGACGGAUUCUUUUAACGGGUUUCUUUUUUACGAUGACGCAUUUUGUUAAAAGGACAUUCAGUGAACCACACGCUGCUGCAGCAAAGGAAGUAAGUAAGCACAUCAUCAUACUGUAAUCAGGGUGCAUGAAGCGUGCCAAGGCGCAUCGAUACUUUGGACACCUUGAAUGCCACGCGUCAUGUCUGCUGCCGUUGGGCGCUGAGGUUGGCGUAUCGCGUUAAUAUUCCCCACCUGGAGGAUUCGUAUUGAUUCAGUUCAGUUGUGGCCUAAGCGCCGUAAGCCUCUCCAGUCGCGCCACACAGAAAUCCCCUGGCAUCACUUCGGGCGAUUAGUGGUCCUGGUAACUGAGGCAAUUCGAGCAGCUGGGGAAUUUGUCACUUUAGAAAAGCUCCUCCGUAAUGCCUUCCCUCGCAGCGGGACCCUAAUUGAUGAGCACAACAAAGGACACGACGUCAAAAGGGGGAACGACUGUGUCCUUCAACGCCGCUGCAAACUUCCAAUGGCCGACCUGCAAGGACCGAGCCUUCACCGUAACACCGCCAAGGUGUGUGGCAGCCGUUCUGCAGACUGGCGCGUCACUAAGCUGACGGGCUGAUUUAUGGCCUCGGCCCGAGUCGCGUCCUCGUCAGAUCUUCAGCGACUGACUUGUUUUAUGGCAGGAUGACGCGUGACGGUGCUGUGCAGAAAUAAUAAAGCAGAUGACCACGCCGGGGGGCUCUCGUCCAGUGCCACAGCAGACCCACCUGGUGACGUUUCCAGCGAUUUCCAGUCAUUGACUUCGUUUACAUAACCGUAGUGAGUCGGGGGCAGCGGCCCCCUCUCAUGUGACCGUCGGGCAUCCCCAGCGACUCGCCGACAACCAAUGAGCACAAAGAGCAGAAUACGACAACGAGGAGGAGUAAGAAACACGGGGGGCUUUGGACCCCACGACCAGAGGAGAAGCUCGUCGGGCUGAUGGCUCGAGUUUUACAUUCCUGAGGCUGCGACUGAGCCCACCAUACUGGUUAACCCUUCGUGUGGCACACAGUUGGACAUGCCCGCUGUAAACUGACCAACAUGCCAAACAACUACAAGUCCCGUAGCGCGACAUCGGCUUUACUUUGGAUGCCACAGUGGCCUGAAGAUAUGCAGAUCAGAGCCCUGUGGUGGCCAUGCUGUGUUCCUCUUUUGAUGUUUGGGGUCAUGAAGUUGCCACCUCCCUGAAAUUGUGUGACCUCAGCAUUUGGGCGGGUUUCAGUUUUGGUCAAAUUGCCCACUCAGACCUGCCUUCAGAUGUGCCAUCCUCCAGUCCUUUGGUGGGCAAACCCCUUGGUCCAGAACACCUGCUGCCAUUUUAUUUGUAUGCCAGAGGAUGGCUGUGUGGUCGCAGCUCUGCCAUGUGGACGUCUUCUGAUUAAGGCUUCUCUGGACUGUAGGUGGCGUCCCAGCGGUUCUUGCCCAUCUUCUGAGUAACCUCGGAUGUUCAGAAUCACUUGGGCUGCACAUCUGGAAACAGCUGCCUGCCAGGGGGAGACCUCGGGGGUGCAAGAUGAGCCCCUUUUGUCUUGUCACUCCACAUCUGCCCAGCCCUUCCUGUUUAGUCUGGUGGACCCCCUGGCCAGUUUUGUUCCCUCUGCUUGAUAAUUCAUCAAGCUCCGGGCCGUAUGCCGACGUGUCUGAAGUGGAGUUUCCUUCCUUGAGGACCUUCAGGUGUCGUCUUGUGCCGCUUCACUUUCUGCAUAAGGAAUGUCACAAAUUUGCUUUUCUAAUCCCGAGGACACCAAAUGGCCAUCUAAAGCCACCGUCACACGAAAUGACGAUAAGCUUGGUGUCAAACUCGAUGAGUGCAGUUGCCGAUUUCGUCACCUGAGGACGUCACAAACUGCAGGGGAUGACGAGUGACACAAUGUCCUGGCGACUUUCCAGCCCACUCUGAGGACGUGUGGCCUGAUGGUUCAUUUCAUGUCGUCGCCCAGCGAGCUUCUCUUCUGUUUGCGAGGACCAGACGGCGACGUUUCUUAUUCCUCGUCACUGAGCGCCCUUUGGUUCUCAGGACCCACACGCCUUCCUUCUGCCACUACGAAUGAAGACGAGUCGCUGAUGAUGUCAGACGACACGACUGGCGGCCAUGGCGUCACCACGACCGAGUCGGACUUGACCCGCGUGUGUUUGUGUCCCCCUGCUCGGUACUCGUGAAGGCCCACGCGUCUCACUCCGCCUGUCAGGCACAUCGACUGCCAAGAGGACAAUUCCUUCUACUUCAUGUUCACUUGAGUAGCAUUUUGACGUUUAAUAUCCAGACGGGACGCCCCUGUAUAUUUUUAUAGACACUUGCAAGUGUUGUUAACAUUUGUAAACUUUAAUGAAUUUGUGAUAUCGUUUAGCGAUGUGGAACGUGAAAAUAUAAAAACGGAAAACCCGGAGAGCCGCCCUUGUGGCGUCGGACAUGCGCUGGCGGCCCUCUGACUUGACGCGGCUUUUUAAUCCUGCAGCUUUGUGGACGGGCGGCCAACGCAGUGGUGGGCCCUUGUGGGCCCGUGACGCCGAGAGUCACUCAUACGCGUCGUCGCACUCCGAGUGUGUAAAUUCUGAAAAUGAGAGCCUUGGCGUUUUAUAGAACUCCAUGGGUGGCACAACGACUGGCACCGUCACUCGUGUUGAUGCAGCGUGCGCUGGACACGUCUUCUUAUUUAAUUCUUUUUAACAUUUUUUAAUAUUCCUGGGUUGCUGCUAAUUUCUUUUUCAGGGUGUGUUUAUGGUGUGUGUGUGUGUGUGUGUGCACUCCUGGUACCUCACCGUUAUGCCAUGUAGAGAUUGUGCCGCUCGGGGGUCUCGUCGUGGGCUCUAAGCUGCCCCCCUCACAGUCGGCGAGUCUGAACUUUGGACGUUUGCUGCUGCGUUUCUUUCAUUGUAGUCCUCCUCCAGCGGCCGGGUGGUGGUGGUGGUUGUUGUUUUUUUUUUUAAUUUCAUUUCACCUUUGGGUCUUCGAGCUUCACUUAUGAACUACGUGUAUUUUUAUUUCAUUUUGUUUUGUAUAUUUUUGCACAAGUUCUCAAAAUAAAAUGACUGGAAACCGAA